UGUAUCUUCAUUGGUAUAGUGUUACCAUCUUCUUCCUGUUAUUGUGAAUUCCUAAUUACUAUAUCUGAGUACUUCCAUUAAUGGAAAAUAAUUUGAUGGAGAUGGGGGAAGAAAAUCUCUAUGUCGCCAUCUCUCUAUCUCUCAAACACUCAUAUCCCCUCUCAAACACUCUCAGACAUCUCCUCUCUCCCCUCUCAAACAACAUCUUCUACGUGAUUCUCAUGGCAAGCUCCGAGAUCGAGGAGAUCGGAGGAGGAGCUCCGACCGCUCCGGCAGGAGGCGUUGCGACUGGGGGAGUUCCGCCUGGAGGCGUUCUGACCGUUCCGGCUGGAGGCGUUGCGACUGAGGGAGUUCCGGCUGGAGGCGUUCUCACCGUUCCGGCUGCAGGCGCUGCGACUGGAGGCAUUCCGAUCGUUCCGGAUGCGGAACAGGUUACUCCUCCGACCGUUCAGGCUGGAGGAGUUCCGACCGCUCCGGCUGGAGGCGCUGCGACUGGGGGAGUUCCGGCUGGAGGCGUUGCGACUGGGGGAGUUCCGGCUGGAGGCUUUGCGACUGGGGGAGUUCCGGCUGGAGGCUUUGCGACUGGGGGAGUUCCGGCUGGAGGCGUUGCGACUGGGGGAGUUCCGGCUGGAGGCGCUGCGACUGGGGGAGUUCCGGCGGAAGGCGUUCCGACCGCUCCGAUCGUUGCGGAAGAGCGUGGUUUGGUUGAUGGAUCUGAGAGUCGGUUAAAGGUGAAUAGGAGAGCAUUGGGCUCAUUUUUAGUGGUGGUGACCCUGUUUACUUGUGUUACUGUUGGGGCUGCGUUUGCCGUGCCUGUGGAGGAUUUCGUCUCCGACCCUGACAUUGGUCGCUGGAAGCACAUUGUAGCCGCUACCUUCUUCUCAUCCGAUAUGUUAGCCAUCUGUACUUCGGUUAUAGCCGUGAUAUUUCUCACCUUGGGCCACCUAGGGGAUGACCGGUUGGUUGCUGCUGCCCUCGAGUUAUCGGCAGCCUUGAUCCCCGUGACCCUGAUGCUGAUGACCCUGUCUUUUGCAGCUGGCAUUGCCAUCGUAGGUAGGAGCGUGCCAUUCGCUGUGGGUACCCUUGGUUUAUGUAUCUUCCUUGCGAUCAUGUUUCCGUUGUUUGUGCGUCGCGUAAGAUGGAGCCAUUCUCUCGCUGUCUUCAUGGUGUAUUGGAUCCGUAUGGUGUCCCGUUAGCUGGUUUAGUUUGUACUUACACAGUUUAAAAUAACUCUGGCAUGUAUAACUAUUAUAUUCGAACCUGUGAUGUAUUUUCGAACCUGUUAAUUGCUGGAGUAUUUCAUAUUAUGUAAUUGCUUGAGUAUCUUAUACUGUAUUAUAUUUACUACGUCGUCAAAUCAUAUCAAUGUGCUGAUUAUCUCUUACAUGUUUGAUGUUUCUAUUUUUCACAUUACCUUGUAUUGUAGAGAUCCAUUAAUCUCAGUGUGUUGCUUGUUGUCUUGUGUAACAAUCUAUAAAGAUAUUAAAUUCCUAAUGUGAUUGACAUUU